CACCACGUGAGUCAGCUGCGACUGUUGUGUUCUGUUCUUCUCUUAUUACUUCUUCUUCUUCGUUAGGGCUUCGUUUCAUUUCAUUUCACCGUUUCCGAUGACAACAACGACAAUGCUUCUUCGAAGCUCCUCCACGCCGAUUCUCAACUCGCGAAUCCCUCACGCCAAGGACUCCCCUCUCGAACCCGAAAUCCUUCACCGGAUCCCGCGGACGCGCUCUCUCACGCUCUCCGCCUCUUCUACUUCGCUCUCGCCGGUCGACGCUUCGCCGGCGAGGCUCACGCGUGCGCUCUCCGACGCCGACCUCUCCGCGCGUUCCAAAACGCCGUCCUUCGGCUCCGCUCUGUUUUCCUUCUCCGAGACCGACGAAGUCGGCUCCGGUGACGGCGAUGGUGCCGGAGGAGGAUGGGACAGCGGUGACGGCGGCGGUUCGGGGUUUUGGGAUUCGAACGGAAACGGAAAUGAUAGCACGGACUUUUACUACCGGACGAUGAUCGAGGCGAAUCCCGGGAACCCUCUGUUUCUGAGCAACUACGCGAGGUACUUGAAGGAGGUUCGUGGGGACUAUGUGAAAGCAGAAGAGUAUUGUGGGAGAGCGAUUUUGGCGAGUCCGAAUGAUGGGAACGUGCUAUCCAUGUAUGCGGAUUUGAUAUGGGAGAGUCACAAAGAUGCUUCGCGUGCUGAGACUUAUUUUGAUCAAGCGGUUAAAGCUGCUCCGGAUGACUGCUAUGUUCUGGCGUCCUACGCUCAUUUUCUUUGGGACGCUGAAGAAGAUGAUGAGGAUGUAGAGCAAGAAGAUUCGUCUGAAAAAUCUCCCAGUUUCUUACUUGGAGCUGGAGCUGCUCCACCACCGCCUCCUCCUUUAGCUGCUGCUUCUUAAGCUGGUGUCUGGCUUCUUCGUAUAUGACUUGCUAACCUUUGUUUAUACUACCUUAACCUUGUAAUAUUUUUGGCCGAUGACAACUGUUGUAAUAAUGGUUUUUGUCCUCGUCAUCCAUGUAGAUUCGUGUGGCGAUAAAGGAGAAUAAAAAAGAUGCGGGGGACAUUCUCCUUUCCUUUUAUAUAUAUAUAUAUAUAUAUAUAUAUAUAUAUUUUUUUUUUUACCAUUUUGAUUUCGUCUUUUGGAAUGCUUGUAUUAUGUCCAAGAACAGCGCAGCUAGCAGAAUUUUGGAGUUAUAUUAUUCACCUGAGCAAAUGGGUGGCAGAUUUUGAUUUUAGGCCAGCUGGUAAGGGCUGGUCAAAUCCGAGACUGAUCAAUCCGAAUAAAUAGGAGAAAAUUUUAAUUAGUUCA